UGUAUUGUGCAUUUGGGGGAUAUCUGUCCUGUUCUGACAUUUGGGGGAUAUCUGUACUGUUCUGACAUUUGGGGGGAUAUCUGUACUGUUCUGACAUUUGGGGGAUAUCUGUACUGUGCUGACAUUUGGGGGAUAUCUGUACUGUCCUGACAUUUGGGGGAUAUCUGUACUGUCCUGACAUUUGGGGGAUAUCUGUACUGUUCUGACAUUUGGGGGAUAUCUGUACUGUCCUGACAUUUGGGGGAUAUCUGUACUGUUCUGACAUUUGGGGGAUAUCUGUACUGUGCUGACAUUUGGGGG